CUACAGACUUUGAAAACUGAAGUUUGCAUAAAGAAGAGGCAAGAAGAUCUUGGAGAUAUGUGGGGGAAUCCCAAAGAAAUCCCAACCACAAAAACUUGGUCUUUCUCAGCAAAGAAGUGUGGAGAAAAAGAAUGGUGAACACAAGUAGAAGAUUAUCCAGAAGAACUGUAUAGAAUUUUCCUUUGAUUUGAGAGCUUAUAAGAGUGCUCAUCAUGGAGAAACAGCAGAUUGUCUUGGGUAACCGGGAUGGGGGGACUGUGUCAGGUGCAGCACCUGCUUUUUUUGUCAUCUUGAAACAGCAGCAGGGAAAUGGUAAAGCUGACCAAGGAAUCCUAGUAGCAAACCGUGAUGCUUGUGCCCUUGCCAGUAGUGUGUCAACUCCAGUAAAAUCCAAAGUCAAGACCUGCCUCCCUGCUGACUGUGUCUCAGGGGGCAUCACUGUAACCCUAGAUAACAACAGUAUGUGGAACGAAUUCUACCAUCGCAACACAGAGAUGAUUCUGACGAAGCAGGGGAGGCGCAUGUUCCCGUACUGCCGAUACUGGAUUACGGGUCUGGAUGCCAGUCAGAAAUACAUCCUAGUCAUGGACAUAUCCCCCGUGGACAAUCACCGAUACAAAUGGAACGGCCGUUGGUGGGAGCCCAGCGGGAAGGCAGAACCGCAUGUUCUAGGGCGAGUGUUUAUUCAUCCAGAAUCACCGUCCACUGGCCAGUACUGGAUGCACCAGCCGGUAUCCUUCUAUAAACUCAAACUUACCAACAAUACGCUGGACCAGGAGGGUCAUAUAAUCUUGCAUUCUAUGCACCGCUAUCUGCCCCGACUUCAUCUGGUGCCUGCAGACAAAGCCACAGAAGUCAUCCAGCUCAAUGGCCCCGAUGUCCAUACUUUCACCUUUCCACAGACAGAGUUCUUUGCAGUUACAGCCUACCAGAACAUCCAGAUUACCCAGCUUAAAAUAGAUUACAACCCUUUUGCUAAAGGAUUCAGAGAUGAUGGGUUGAACAGUCGACCUCAGCGUGAUGUGAAACAAAACAGUAACUUAGAACUGGAAGGGGGUAGCGUUUCUAGCUCUCCCAGCCAUCGUGGUCGCCCUGCUGAAGUUGAUGCGUUGGAUUUGCAUCAGAGAAGUUUAGAUUCUUCAUUCAUUGUUCAGAAUCCAUCAGAUACUGAUUUGGAAAAAGAAUCCUUUAAUGCAGAAAGGGACUUCCUGGGUUUCCUGGACACUGACCUGUCUUCGGGUGAUGUGCCAAAGCUAAAACAAGAAGUCUCUGAAAGUCCCAUUGCUAGCAGUUACGAAAGCAGUUCCCGUGUGGCAUCCCCAUUGGAUCCAAGUGGACACUUCAAUGUAGUCAUUAAAGAGGAACCAGUAGAUGACUAUGACUAUGAAUCGAGUAUUUGCACGCAAGGAGUAAGUGUAAAACAAGAAGAUACAGAUGAAGAGACUGACGAAUAUUCCAACACAGAUGAGGAUGAUCCCGCCCUAGAAAAACACCUGAGGAAACACAGUGAUACGGACAGAAAAGAUGGAGAAUUCAGGCCUCGGAAGCGAGUACUCACCAGCCCUUCAGGUGUUGCCAGAGCAAAAAUGUUAAAACUUGAUAGCGGGAAGAUGCCUGUAGUCUAUUUAGAACCAUGUGCAGUCACAAAGAGCACAGUGAAGAUAUCUGAGCUGCCUCAGACCAUGCUAACUGCUUGCAAGAAAGAUAAAUCCCCUUUGAGUGCAAUACUGGAUUCCUUGCCUGUCUGUUUUGAAAAUCACAAAGGUUCUUGCUUAACCACAGCCAUUGUAACUGAGGAGUUAGCUAUGAGAAAACAAUCUCCUGGGAGUAAAAUGUCGCAGAAAUACUGUUCAAUCAGAGAAGCCCAGUGGGCUCUAUCUAAAUCACCUAACUUUAGUCUCAGGGGUUCAGUCAGUUGUCACUUUUCAGCUAAAGAGGUCUGUGGAAGAAAAAAGGCUGGAAUACUGAAGAAUACUUUGUCUCAGAAAGGCUCUGGUACUGGUCAAAGUGCCCUCUCAUCAGGUCCAAAUAAAAGAGGAAGACCACGGAAACUGAAGAUUUCUAAGGCUGGCCGACCACCUAAAGGUAUAGGGAAAAGUGUAAUAGGAAGCAAGAACACCUCUCUGGGGCCUGGGGGUAUCCUUCCAGAUGUGAAGCCGGAUCUUGAAGAUGUGGAUGGAGUCCUUUUUGUGUCCUUUGCAUCAAAGGAAGCUCUUGACAUACACACUGUUGACAGAGUUGGAGGAGAGGAAUCACAGACUCUUCAGGCUCCUCUGUUAGCUGCAAAUGAUCCAGACUGUCAAGCAAGAAUACAAGUCCUGGAAAAGGAAUUGAUGGAAGAGCUGAAGACCUUGAGGCAUAAGCAAGUAAUACAUCCUAGUCUUCAGGAAGUGGGACUGAAGUUGAAUUCUGUGGACCCAACGAUGAGCAUUGACUUGAAAUACUUGGGUGUGCAGCUGCCUCUUUCCUACUCAAAUUACUCUUUGUGGAACUAUCUGGGAACCAAUCCCAAUUCUCCAGAUACUGGAUUUCCUUUUGUUUCCAGGACAGGAAAGACAAAUGAUUUCACCAAGAUUAAAGGCUGGAGAGGAAAACUUCAUGGUGCUUCUAGAAAUGAAGGUGGUAGUUCAGAAGGUUCCUUGAAGAAUCGUUCAGCCUUCUGCAGUGACAAGCUGGAUGAGUACCUGGAAAAUGAAGGGAAGUUGAUGGAAACUAGUAUGGGAUUCUCUUCUAGCACUCCAACUUCUCCUGUGGUGUAUCAGCUCCCCACCAAGAGUACUAGCUACGUGCGAACACUAGACAGUGUUUUAAAGAAACAAUCCACCAUAAUUCCAUCAACAUCUUAUUCAUUCAAGCCUGUUUCUGUGUCAUCUACCUCUAGAAAGACAAAGACUCAAAACAGACAAACAUCUUCAAACAGAGUAAAAUCAUCCUACAAACCUAUACUGCCUUCACCUUUUUCUGUAAAGCAGAAACAUAGCCUUUCUGCAUCAGGAGAAAAGGCUGCUAAGUCCCUCUCAAGUAGCGGUUUGACUAACCAAGCGGAUAAUUUUAUGGUGCCAGCUCUAGAUGAAAACAUACUGCCAAAACAAAUUAGUCUGCGCCAUGCUCCGCAACAGCAACAAGCAGCUCGUCCACCAGGUUUGUCUAAAUCUCAAGUGAAGUUAAUGGACUUGGAAGACUGUGCUCUCUGGGAUGGGAAACCACGGACUUAUAUUACAGAAGAACGAGCAGACAUCUCUCUGGCAACUCUGCUCACCGCUCAGGCUUCACUCAAAAACAAACCUAUCCAUAAAAUAAUAAGGCGGCGAGCACCUCCUUGCAAUAACGAUUUCUGUCGACUGGGUUGUAUCUGUGCCAGUUUAGCACUGGAAAAGCGUCAGCCUACCCACUGCCGCAGGCCAGACUGUAUGUUUGGUUGUACUUGCUUGAAGAGAAGAGUGUUACUGGUAAAAGGAGGAUCAAAACAUAAGAAAAUACUGAAAAAAGCUGUGCGUGGAAAUCUUGUGUUCUAUGGAACACAAGAAGAGCAGCAAGAGGAUGAAGAUGUGGAAGAAGAGGGUGAUGGGGAAGAUGAACAGAAGCAGAAAGAAAAGAAGAGGAGAAAAAGGGUGGAAUACACUAUCUGUGACUCAGAGCCAGAACAACCUAUUAGAAAUUGUCCACUGUGGGUGAAAGUAGAAGGUGAAAUAGAUCCAGAGCCAAUUUACAUCCCAACACCAUCUGUUAUUGAACCAGUUAAACCUGUGGUAUUGCCUAACCCAGAAGUCUCCCUUUCUAGUAAGCAUAGAUCUUCCGGUGGAAUGAAAUCGGGCAGAGUGUAUACUCCUAAACCCAAUCCAGUGAUUCGAGAGGAGGACAAGGAUCCUGUCUACUUGUAUUUUGAAAGUAUGAUGACUUGUGCAAGGGUCCGAGCAUAUGAACGCAGGAAAGAGGAAAAAAAGCAACAGAAGGACCAAUGCAAUUCAAAGAGCUGUAGUACAAAGGAGCAGGAAGCAGACCUUCAGCCUCCUGAGAAAGCAACCUGUGAGAUGGAAAAAGACACUGAUAAAUCGGGAGAGAAAAGCUGGUGGUCUUCCCGUAGUGAGGGGGAUUCUUCCUCCACCUCCCAUGUUCAUCACACCACUCCAGGUGGACCAACCAAACUUAUCGAGAUUAUCUCUGACUGCAACUGGGAGGAAGAUCGCAAUAAGAUCUUGACCAUCUUAUCACAGCAUAUCAACAGUAACAUGCCACAGUCCCUCAAAGUGGGUAGCUUCAUUAUUGAAUUGGCUUCAGAACACAAAGCCUGGGAUGAGAAGAGCCCUCCUGUCUACUCCUCCAGAGUGAAAAUUUCAGUGCCGUCCUGCCAGGACAAGGAUGAGAAGCCUGAGAUACCUGUCUUGGAGACUCCCGAUAGUGGAGUGCCAUCACGCAAAACCCCAGAAAAUCUAAAGUUCUUGCGGGCAGACACGUUGGACAAACUACGGGAGAAGUUGCAUGGGGGUAAAGGCUUGCCUUUUUAUACAGGGCUUUCUCCUGCAGGAAAGCUGGUUGCCUACAAACGCAAAGCUAAUAUGAGUCCCUCAGGCUUGAUUCAGGUUAAUGGUAAAAGUUAUCCUCAGGCCAAACUGCUUUUGGGACAGAUGGGGGCAUUACAUCCCGCCAAUCGGCUAGCUGCUUAUAUCACAGGCAGGCUGCGACCCACAGUACUUGAUAUCUCAACCCUCAGUACUGUGAUCUCCAAGGUAGCAUCCAAUGCUAAAGCAGCUGCUUCCGGGACACCAUCAGUCCAGGUGCCCACAACAUCAUCUCCCAAAACUACAUCUUCCACCAGCACUACUUCAACCCCCACUGUGACGACUCUGAAAGCUCAUGUCCCAGCACAGAGACAGAUAGCUGCCCGACCCUCACCUGGUGGUGUGUUCACGCAAUUUGUGAUGAAUAAAGCCGGCGCCCUACAGCAGAAGAUUCCUGGAGUGAGCACACCCCAGCCUUUGUCAGGGCCGCAGAAGUUCAGUAUCAGGCCUACACCAAUAAUGGUUGUCACUCCUGUGGUUCCCUCAAGGCCAUCUUCAGUUCACUGCACUGUCUCUCCUGGGGUCACUACAGCCACUACCACUUCUCCAGUCACUGUAGAAAGUACCAGUGUGGCAGUAUCUACCGUGACCACUGCCAGCCAAACAAGACCUAAUGAAACUGCCUGCUCUCCUCCUGGAAUUGCAGUCACAGGUGCUCCUGCAACUCCUGGAAUUAACACCUGUACUGCUCCCUCACCCACCACACCUACUGCCGCAGUGAACGUAACAAAAGCAACUGGGAUGGCUACACCAGUAGCAACCAUAUCAUUCCCUAAAACUGUAGUAACCACCUCAGCAAUUACUCGUCCUGUUCCCACAACGUCCACUUCCACAGUUGUACUGACAACAACUGCAACAGCUACAUCUGUGGUGACCACACCAACUUCCUCUGUUGGCUCUGUUCCAAUUAUACUCUCUGGAGUUAAUUCAAGUCCUACGCUGAAUCCAAAACCAGAGGAUGCUAUUUCACAAGCUGCAAGUAAGACUCCCCCCAAAAUGUCUCCUGGAGCAGAAAAGCGUGUAGGACCUCGACUGUUGUUGAUUCCAGUGCAUCAGACGUCUCCUGCUCUGCGACCGUUAAACAACAUGCAGCUUCCGCAGAGACAGAGGAUGAUCCUUCAGCCUCUCAGGAGCCCUGGUGGUGUGAACCUGUUCAGACAUCCUAAUGGACAGAUCAUUCAGCUUGUCCCACUGCAUCAGUUUCGAGCUGCUGGUGCCCAGCCCAACGUGCCGCCAGUAAUGUUCCGCAAUCCAGGAUCAGUUGUAGGAAUUCGGUUGCCUGCCCCUGCCAAGCCUUCUGAGUCACCUGUAUCUCCCACUUCCUCUGGGUCUUCCACUUCUCCUGCCACAAAUUCAGCCACACAAACUGCAGGACCAAAGUUAUCCUCUACAGCUAAUCUGACCACUCAAGCAUCUUCUGUUCUUCCUUCGGUACCCAGUUUUGUCUCGCAGGCAGGCACUCUGACUUUAAGAAUCUCUCCUCCCGCUGCUAGCAGCGUGGCAAAUCAAACAGGCUCCGAGUCUAAGAUAACCUGCAGCUCAGGUGGUCAACCCACUACUACUGCUAGUCUCAUACCUUUACAAUCCGGUAGUUUUGCUUUGCUUCAGCUCCCGGGACAGAAGACAGUGCCAAACUCCAUUCUUCACCAUUUUGCGUCUCUCCAGAUGAAAAAAGAUUCCAAGAAUGUAUUUCAGAAAGAUGACUCAGGUGCUACUCAGCAGAAAGAGAAUGGGAAGGCUUCACGCUCAGAGGAGGUUGAAGUUGUGGAGUCAGAGGUCACGGUGUCAGAUAGCAAACCAGAAGAAAAUGAGCUGUCAGUAAAUCAGUCAGAUAAUGUUGAGGAGUCAGCAUCCUGCACAGUCACACCUGACAGAAAUUCCACUUCAUUGGAGACAGCGGAGAAGGAUUCAGAGGUGCUAGAGGGUUGUUCAGAUGAUGUUUCCUCUCUCCAGCAUGAUGUUUCUGCAGAUGUUGUAUCAUCAGAUCAUUCGUACAUCAGUGAGAAGCCAAACGAUGAGCAAAACGAUGUGGUUGCUGAGGAGAAAGAGGAUUCUGUCCAUUCUGAAGCUGCAGGAGAGGCUGUUUCAACUAACUCUGAAACCAUUUGUAGAUCAUCGGAUCAGUCUUUAGUUGCUCCUGUAGAUAAUGCACGCCCACAGAAUCUCAAGAAUCGGGAAACUACACAGCUGAAGAACCGUGCAAAGGAACAAACACGUGCUGAACACGCAGAGAAACGAGGAAAAGAACGAGAAAGAGAUGCGCAGGCACAGAUCAGAGACGGCGACAAGGCAAAGUCUGGGCAGCCCCAGAGUCAAAAAGAGCAAGGUGCACAUCUGGAGAACAAGGAGAAGGAACAGAGAGGGGCUGAACCACCUCAGAGCAAAAAAGAACAUCAGGACGAUGCUUCUGUGCAGCCGGAAAUGGAAAGGAAGGAGUACAAGGACUCUACCGAAGCGGAAAGUAUGAGGGAGAAAAAAGGAAGGAAGCCUGAAAUUGGUUCUGCAAAAGAGCAGGAUAACGCUUCAGGAGAAAAGCAGACAGAACAUACUGAGGAAGGCAAAAGAAGCAUAGCCUCACAGGAAAGCAGUAACACCUCUUCCCGACAACAAGAUGCUGUUGAUUGUCAGGAAGAGUUGAAAGCAGUUAAAGAUAUUGUAAUACAUGCCAACAGUUCUUGGAGCAAAAUAUCGAGCAUUGCACCUGCCCUGGAGAAUAAAAGUGAUGCAGAUAACAAAGCUGACGUAUCUGAUAAAGAUGACUUCCUGACACCAGAACAGAGGGCGCAAGAAGCCAAGCAUCACAAAAAGGGUUAUAUGCCCACUAUUGAUAUUACUGUUGAUGAUAUGGAAGAGGAAGAGGAGGAAGAUGAUGAUGAGGAUGAGGAGGAUGAAAAAACUGAUGAUUCUGCUGAUGAGAUGCUGGAUGGUGGUUCUGACUUCCCAAGUGAAGAGGAAGUAGAUGUUGAAAAAGUGGAUGCGUGUGAAUACAGUGAGGAUGACGAGCAGGUGGACAUUGAGACCGUGGAGGAGCUUUCAGAGAAGAUUAACAUUGCCCGUCUGAAGGCCACAGCUGCUAAUAUCCGACCUUCCAAACAGAAAUACCAUGCUCGUAAUUCUUCGGAUGAAAAAUUAUCAGAAAAACCUACGAAGCAGAAACCUCAAUUCUGGAACAGAAAGCAGAAGACUGAGGCAGAAGCCUUUGCUCAUUACCGCCAGACACACACAGCAAAUGAACGCCGGCGACGUAACGAAAUGAGAGAUCUCUUUGAAAAGUUAAAGAGAGCUCUGGGGUUGCACAAUCUUCCCAAAGUCUCCAAAUGUUAUAUUCUCAAACAAGCAUAUGAAGAAAUCCAAGGAUUGACUGAUCAGGCAGAUAAACUUAUUGGACAGAAGAACUUACUGACUCGUAAACAGGAUGUUUUGAUUCGUAAAGUAUCCACGCUUUCAGGGAAAACAGAAGAGGUAGUCCUGAAGAAGCUAGAAUACAUUUAUGCCAAACAAAAAGCAGUAGAGGCACAAAAAAAGAGGAAACAAGUCAAACCCGAGGAAUCUGUUGCAACCUCAACUGCUAGCACGCAGCAAAAAGGAUCUUCUGCUCCAUCCAGAGAGCUGGGCCAAAGGGCUGUUACAAACAGAAGAGGCAAGCCAUUGAUACUUGCCAGAAAAGGAGGCCAUGCCACAGAGAACACCUCAUCUUCUCUUACGCUAACUGCUGCAAGCCUAGUGAUGACUCCACAGGGGCAGGUGCUUACACUGAAGAGUCCAUUGGUACCAGGGCAGGUAGCGGCCGUUCCUUCCACGCUCUUGCAAGCUGAAUUAAAGCCUCGAGCUGCCUCCACUACCAUGACAACACAGUCAGGUAUUGCUUCUGUGAUGAUUCAGCUGCCAGGAUCAACAGUUCCUGUCCAAGUAAAAGGAAUCCUUACUAACUCCACCAUUCCCAUUACACUGUCAACUGUUGCUGGAAACCCAGUGCCCUCAACAGUAGUAACAGCUGCAGAGCCCAAUUCAGAAAUUGAAGAUUCAUUCAUGAUGCCAAAGAUCGUUAAUGUAACAUCACUGGCUGCUGAAGGAAGUAUGAGUCUGAACUUGAGCAGAAACAAAAGUUGUAAUGUACUGGCAGCUUCAGGUACUCAGGUUUCUGAGAAAUCCCUGGCAGUCGCACCUCCUGAGAGUAGGAAAAGUGACAGCAUCCUUUCUGAAGAGAAAGCCAAGCCAUGUCCUGGAGACAGUGGUGGAGAUGGCAGAAGUACCACAGGUCCCACAAAAGUUUUCUUUGAAAAUAAAGAUGGCUUUCCACAGCUCCGCAAUGUAUCGUGUACAAAGGAGCCUCCAGACUCCUUUAGUAAAAAGCUCUGCAUUGGUGAGUUUGUAGGAAGCCAAGCCAGGAGGAAAGACAGUGAUCCUGGAGGAGAAAGAUUAAAAGCAAAGGAAUUGCCAUUCCGCAAGCUGCAGAUUAAAGAUUCUAGGAUAGAAAUGGAAUUGAGAAAAGUAGCUUCUGCAAUGGAGGAAGCAGAACUGGAUGCGGGUGAGUUACUGAGCAGCAUUGAGGAGAGUGAUGACACUGAUGAAACCCUCACUUCACUGCUCAAUGAGAUUGCCUUCCUCAAUCAGCAAUUGAACGAUGAUGCUUCAGGCAUGUCAGAGUUACCCAGUACUCUAAACUCAGACUUCUCUCAUGGAAACUCAGAAGCUCGCCGGGGAACAGCCAGUGAUCUCACUGCUGCAGAUGGUUCUUCCUUCCAGUUUGGCCAUUUGGGAGGCAGUUUUAAGGACCUUUCUGAAGUUCCAGAGGGUGGUGGCUCUAUAAGUCCUCUCCUGCUGCACCUGGAGGAUGAUGACCUUCCUGACGGGGACAAGAAUUCUGGGGAACCUUCAUCUGAAGCAGAUGUUUUGAAGAUAGUAAUAGGUGCUGAAGUGAAGGACCCAGUUCCCAAUCUAUCUGUAGCCCGUGGUGGAAGUGGCAAAACUGUAACAUCCUUGGUGGAGACCACUAGUGCGACUCCACCAGUUUUGCAGAUGAAGACUAACCCAGAAGCUAGUAACGCUGACACUUUGUGGAGGCCCAUGCCCAAACUGGCACCACUUGGAUUAAAAGUGGCAAGUCUGCCAGUGGACUCAGAAGGGCAGAGUACUAAAGUGAUGCCCUUACUGGCACCUGUCGUUUCAAAAUUGACGCCCACUGGAGUAAAAGCUUCACUAUCUGCAGCUAUUCAAGAAGGACAGGAUAACAAAGUAAUGCCCACUUUAGCACCUGUGGUUACAAAAUUGAAUAAUACUGGGACCUUGCCUUCAAAUUCAGCAGGCAAAUAAAUGCAUAUAUAUUUUUUCAAAGACUGGAAAGAAAAUCUGGAGCAGUGUGAACGAGUGUCUUGAGUUUUGCAACCUCCCUUGUCUGCAACACGUGUUUUCUAUAUGGCAUCAGCACUCUGUUCCUGAGGGCAGGCCCCAAAUUGAGAAAUAAGUGCUACGAAACUUUAAUCGUGUGACUUAGGUUUACCUCGCUGUUGCAUUCUGGGUACUCCCCUUCCCCUUCACAAAACAAGGAAGAUGAUAUAUAACCAUUGCUGGGCACAUGGUAUCCUUCCAAAACUGGGUCCUUCACAGAAAGAGUUUGUAAACGGACUGAGAAACCCAGGCUGUAGAGAAAGAUUUUUCCCAGCAGAGAGGCAGCUGUCUGUGUUAAGGGAAAAUCUGGAUUACUUGUUUUUGUACCAGGCAAAUGAUCUAUGCAGAAAUGAGAUGUUCACAUUUGCUAUUUCUUUUAUUUGCAGAAUAUGAUGAAUGUGCAGAAAUGAGAUUGGAGUUGCUCUCAUACUUGUUACCUAGAGUGGAGGAAGGGAAAUCAGAUUUUGCAGAGUGCUGAAGUGAAAAGUUUCUGUCCUUUGGUGCUAGAUAGCGCUCUGGUAUAGGCUCUUUUUAGGAGCUUAUGCACAGAAGAUGUUCAUAUAUAUCUAGAACUCCCACCAAAUGGGGAAGAUGCUGAUCUUUUCCAGUGUAAUUAGAACUAGGACAGUAUGUUAAGCUUAAAAGAAAAAGAAAUAAUACAACCCCCCUUUCCCCUCACCCCGCUUUACAAACAGCUCUUCCCUUGAUGAUGCUUGGGGCAUCUAGAAGGGAAAAUGUCAGGGCAGAAGUAAAUUUGAGCACCCCAUUGCUAAGUCUUCAAAUACAGUGCUGAAGUAGCUUGAGUGUAUUCCCAGUUCUCUUUCUUCAUUCCUCUCCUUAUUCUUGAAGAUGUAUUUGGUGGCUAGGAUAUGCUAAUAGGAAGUGUUGCUUCUUAAAAAUACAGAACCCUUUCAGGACUGUUGUAACAGAAUUAAUGAGUGAGGUGUAUAUGUGAAUGUAUAUAUGAAAAUACAUGUGUAUAUCUUUCCAAACCUUCCAUUUCUUUACAAAAUCAGGAAAGGUACUCAGAGGUUUCUCACUGCAUUUGCACAAGAUGUGUAUAGCAAAAAAGUCAACACAAAUGCUCAUUACCAGGGAAAUAGGGCAGUAUUGAAUCACAAGAUGUAUUUUUUAUUCUUCUCUGCCACUGCUUACUCAAUAACCUGUAGGUACUCUUCACUGUUCAGCUGUUGGAUGUGAAGGGCCUACAGACUGUAAAGAUAUUUAUAUUUUUGUACACAAUUUUUGUUUUCAUAGUUUCCUUGACAAAUGAAAUUUUCAGCCUAGGAGAGAUGAUUUGUUAAGAGUGUAUACACAAUCUUUUCCUAUCAAGCUUGUAAAUAAUAGAAGUUAUGGUGCGCUUGAGGGGCUUCUUAAGUGCUCCUAAAAGGUAAAAACAUUGCUGUGAAAAUGAUAGAAAAUUUGAGAAAUAGAUGGUGCAUUUUGCUUUGUUUAGGAAUGUAAUCCCCGAUCUCACUGUUCCAGCAACGGCAGCUGGGUUUCCCCCCCAACUUCCCCAUCUUUGGUGAUGCACUAAUGCAGGGAUUUCAUCUUUGCAGCACUGAGAUUGUGCAGGUGCUGUGAGUGGUAUUUUCCCACAAUUAGGGAGCAGCGUCAGCUGUACACAUAGUGCAACCGUAUGCCCUAUUCAAUAAGCUGCAUCUUUGGGAUCUGUCUCUAGGAUAGGUUUGCCAGGAAAUAUGCAUACUUUGGGUAUUUCCUUGUCUUUUCUUAUGAUUUUAUAUUAUGCUGCAGAACAGAGAGAAUCCCUUCAAACCAGGUAUACAUAAAGUUACUCCAGAGUCUACCAAAAAAAAAAAAAAAAGAUGUCUUCACCUGGCAAUUUUAAACGGUGUGUUUUAAAACAGUUGCAUAUAGCUUUUAUUGCUUUUUGCGUAUUUACUCUUUUAGUGUCUGAUAUAAGUCCUGUAUUAAUGAGUUGGAAAAGAGAAUAUAGGUCAGCAUGAGAGCCAUGCAGGGUCUUACAGCUGUUGUUGAAUGCCUUAUAAAAGGGACCUAACAUGUAAAUAUUUGUUGACACUUUUUUUUUUUUAAUAUUGAAGGAUUUUUAACCUGAUUUUAAAUCAUUGGAAAUCUGGAGUAACUAAAUGAAUUCAGUAACAUUACUGAGUAUUUCAAAUAGCCUGAAGUUGCUUUUUUUUUUUUUUUUGGUAAAGGCAGUUUGUUUUGUCAACAGAUUUCAUUCUGCUGUAUAUAAAAGGGCAGCCAGGACUGUGCUGUGAUUCCUUUCAGAUUCCUAAUCACUGAAUUUUCUUUCUGCACCCCACCCUCCAUGGUCCUGAAUGGCUAAUUUUAAAUACAGAAAUAUAUAAUAAAUUUCUAAAUACUUUUUAAAAGUGUACUUUGUCACUUCUCAGAACAGAGAAAGCUGUAACGUGAAAACUAUUCUAACAUUAUUUAAGAUACACCUUGUGGUCUUGAGGACGUUUUGUCCAUUGUCACGGUGAUGGAGAAUGCCUGGAUGUAUUUACUGUAUGGCACUGGGCAGUAAGGAGUUUUUGCUGCAGUAAGAGCACUGUAAAGGUUACAGCAGAAAUUUUUGGUUCCUGAACAUGAUGGCUAAAUAACUGAGAACAGACCACGAAUCCAGCUGCAACGGUGCUGUUCCAAGAAGGAUGUAUGAUGGGUUCUGCCUGGCAACAAAGCAUGUUUGAGAUGCUCUUUAGUUUUUGCUAUUCUUUGUUCCGCCAUCUCAUGUCUGCAGCUUAAUAUUUUGCUAUGAAUUUAAAUACUGACUUGCCCUUUCUCCACUUCUCUCAUACUCCCAUUGGUUUGGAACAAACCUGUUAGAAAUCAUGUAUGCUGACCUUGAGGCAAUAACUCGAGAGUAUGUGAUGAGUAGCGAAAAGAUUUUAGAAUCAGGAGAACAAAGGAAACCCCUGCAAGGAGCACAUUCUCACUAGACCAAGAGAUGUGGAGAUUUUCUUUGUUUUUUACACGUGUGUAAAUAGACUGGAAUGUUUUUAAGAAUAUAAUGAAAUGUCAGAUUUAGCUUUUUUCCUUUUAUAUAUUAAAAUAUAUCUUUCCCUCUUUUCUGCUUUUGAAAAAUUGAUAUUUUUGUAGAAAUCUAACAGUACAGAACUCUUAAAUAACUGUAUGUGAGGGACAAAGUGUAAAACUAAAAUAAACCA